CUUCGCCUCUGCUGCAACCCCCCGAGAGUUCUUCUUGUUCGUCUCAUCCGCAAGAAGAAUCUCGUUCCCGUUUCCCUCCCUACCAAUCCUCUACAAUCUAUCUCAGGUCUCACCCGAUCAUGAGUUGAGAGCUGAGAGCUGAACCACCAGCCACUUAAGCUCCUUUCACCUCCGAACAGGCGCAUCUCAAGCCUGUCUACCGAUAAUUACUUCAAGUGAAGCUCGCACAAGCCAUGGCUGCUCUUCAGAAUGGCCACGCCAAUGGCACGAACGGCGAUUCUCUUCCAACGGAUAACCUUCGUUUUUCUGACAUUCCCUCCGCCAUCGACAUCCCCGCGUCCACCCUCGACAGCGAAGUCGAAGUCAGUCUGGAGAUCCUACCGGACGACCCGACCGAACUCUGUACCCUGUUGGAGAAUGAAAAAGCGGCCAAGAAUUUCUGGGUGACCAUUGCGCUGGCAUACGCCAAACAGAAACAACUGGACCACGCCAUCGACAUCCUAAACAAAGGCCUCGCCUCGGUCGCUCAUGGGGCGACUAAGGAGAAACUCGGGCUACUGGGAUGGAUUUGUUGGUUGCUGAUGCUCAAGAGCCGACAAGCCCCCCGUGUCGCGCCAGAAGGGGAGUUGUACACGGAAGCCAAGACGAAAGACCACUAUCUUCAACUUGCAACGUCAACGCUGAAUGAGGCGUCGCGGUUGAACCCGGCCUUCCCUCCUCUCUUCCUGGCGCGUGGUGUCCUGUCGCUUCUCCGCUCUUCGCUACACCCGCCGCGACCCGUUCGUCCCGGGACUGUUGAUACCUCCGAGCGAGUGGAGUCGCUGCGGCAGGCGCUCAAGUGCUUCGAUGAGUCGUCCAAGGCCUUCGGUGGUCGGAACGUAAUGGCCAUUCUUGGUCGCGCCAGAACGCAAUACCUACUAGGACGAUACGCAGAGGCAUUGGAGGGCUAUCAAAAAGCGUUGAUGAAGAUGCCUGGUUUGACAGACCCUGACCCGCGCAUUGGUAUCGGAAGUUGUUUGUGGCAGCUAGGAUUCAAGGACCAGGCCAAGGCUGCUUGGGAGCGGGCGCUAGCAUUGAACCCUGACUCGAAAGUUGCCAACAUCCUCCUUGCCGUGUAUUACCUCUACGACAGCUCGCGACAUGCCACAACAGAUCCAGCCUUUGGCUCGUUGUACAAGGUGGCUAUGACCCAGUACACGCAGAAAGCCUUCAAGGUCGACAAAGAGUACCCCAUGACGUGCGCUUUGUUUGGCAGCUAUUUCCUCUUGAGGAAAUCAUAUUCCACAGUCGAGACACUAGCCCGCAAGGCAAUUGAACACACGGAUGUGAUGCAAAUUGCUAGUGACGGAUGGUAUCUGCUCGGUCGGAAAUCACAUUACGAAGGCGACUUGACGCGUGCGGCGGAGUACUACAACCGGUCGGACCAGGCUCGAGGCGGUGGUGAAAAGGGGUAUCUCCCCGCUAAAUUCGGCGCCGUACAAAUGCAAGUGUCUAGCAAGGACUACGAUGGGGCUAAAUUCCGUUUGGACAAGAUUAUCCAACAGACCAAAAAUGCCGAAUGCAUGGUACUGCUUGGCGCGCUCCACGCCGAGGAAGUUUUCGCAGCACAGCAAAAUGGCAGUAAGGAGGACAAGUCGGCCGAUAUCAAAAAGGCCAUCAGUCUUCUGGAGUCGGUCCGCGCGCUUUGGAGGGAUGAAAACAAGAAGAUUUCCCCCGACGAGUCAGUUUUGGUAUACCUAUCCCGCCUGUACGAGCAGACGGCUCCCGAAAAGAGCAUGCAGUGCCUCGCCCAGCUCGAAGAGAUGCAGUUGGCAGAGGUCGCAGAGGAGGAGCGCCCUGAAGGCCUAGAGGACACGGAGCAGAUCAAGGCGACCCUUCGUGUACACCUCCCUCCGCAGUUGCUCAAUAACAUGGGGUGCUUCUUGUAUCAGGCGGAGAAGAUUGAACGAGCCCGGGCCAUGUUCCAGGCAGCCCUAGACGCUUGCGUUCGAUCGAAGGAGAAGGAGAGCGAUCUUGACACUGAUGCUCUUGUGACCACCAUCAGCUUCAACCUGGGUCGUACCUACGAGGCCGCCGAUAUGCCAGAAGAGGCAAAGAAGGUGUAUCAGGGUCUCCUGGAGCGCCACGCCGACUACACGGAAGCCAAUGCAAGGUUGACUUACAUUGCCCUUCGCCAGAGCCCUACAGAUGAGGGGCCCAAGAAAAUGGCUAAGCUCUAUGAAGCUGAUUCGACCAACCUCGAAGUCCGCGCACUGUUUGGUUGGUAUCUCAGCAAGUCGAAGAAACGUGCCGCGAAUUUAGCUGAGGAUCACGAACAACGGCACUAUAAACAUACCCUCCAAUACUACGACAAGCACGAUCGGUACUCGUUGACCGGUAUGGGCAACAUCCACCUGUCGACCGCGCGCGAUAUGCGCCGUGAUAGCGACCAAGACAAAGAGAAACGUCGCAAGAUGUACGAGCGGGCGGUGGAAUUCUUCGAUAAGGCCCUCCAGCUGGACCCCCGCAAUGCGUACGCCGCACAAGGCAUUGCAAUUGCGUUAGUGGACGACAAGAAGGACCACGCCUCGGCGGUACACAUCUUCUCUAAGAUCCGGGAUACAUUGCGCGAUGCCAGCGUCUACCUGAAUCUAGGUCACGUCUACGCGGAGUUGAGACAGUACACGCGGUCCAUUGAGCACUAUGAGGCUGCACUGUCUAAAGACCGGGCUCGCGACGCGCAAAUUCUGGCUUGUCUGGGCCGAGUCUGGCUGCUCAAGGGCAAGCAGGAGAUGAACCUGCCAGCCAUGAAGACCGCCUUGGACUACGCGCAGCGUGCACAUGCGGUUGCCCCCGGGCAAGCCCACCUCGAGUUUAACGUUGCGUUCGUGCAGAACCAGAUUGCCUCCCUCACGUACGGUCUCCCAGAAACGCAGAGGACGGUUCAAGAUGUGCAGGAGGCGGCCGAUGGGCUUCAUCAAGCGGUGGAGACGUUCGGUCGUGUGUCUCUGGCCAAGAACCCGCCCUACCCGGCUAGCGCACUGGAGCAGCGCGCGAACAUGGGCCGAACGAUCAUUAAACAACUCGAACGCGCAUUGCAAAGCCAGAAGGACUACGAGGAAAAGAAUGCAGCCAAGCUCCGGGAGGCGCGGGAGGCCCGCGAAGCGGAGAUACGUCGGCGGGAGGACGAAGUCCGCAAAGCGCAAGAAGCCGAGCGCGAGCGAAAGCAACGCGUGGCGGAGGAGCGGCAGAGAAUGAUCGAAGAGGCGCAACGGCUCGCGGAGCAGCGGGCAGACGAGGAGCGCGCGCGUGAGGAAGCAGAGAUGACGACGGAGUCAGAGACGGGCGCCAAGGUCAAGCGGAAGAAGAAGACGUCCAAGCGCAAGAAGAAGCGCACCGAAGACGACUUUAUCAACGAUGGCGAAUCACCCAGCAAGGCGAGGAGCGAGGAGCCGGACAGCGAGGGCGACACGGCCCCGAAGAAGCGCCGGCGCCUGGAGCGUCGGGCGGGCGGCAAAACGCAGAGCAAGUACAAGAGCAGUGAAAUGGUGGUGGACUCGGACGAUGAAGACGAGGCAGACUCCCGGUCAACGCCAGCGGCCCGAUCCGACAACGAGGACCAAGAGAUGCACUACCAUGGGGCGGAUGACGACCAGGAGGAAGAGGUUGUGCGGCGGCGGCGAGCCAAGGUGACCCGGCGCGUGGCUGAUGACGAGGACGAGGACGAGGACGAUGGCGAGGAGACCGCGGCCGUGGCUGGAGGGGGCGCAGGAACUGGGGCUGAGAACGAGGGGGCGACGACAGCUGGGGGCGAGAAUGGAGGUGAGGAUGGGGUCGGCGAAGAGGAGGAUGAUGGACUGUUCAAUGACGAUGGCGAUGAUACGGAGAUGAAGGAAAAUGAGGAGUGAUUGGGAUGGAUGGAAGGAUGGGUCGGCUGUUGGGUGGAUGGGUUUCGCAGGCCAAUUGUAGUUUUACUGACUGUGACUUUUGCUCUACUGCUUCCAUUCGAUUGUGUAUUUGAAAAGAAGGCGUUGAGAGGGAGGGGCCAACAACCCCCAUUGGGGCCAUUAGUAUAGGAGCGAGCCAUGAAUGAAUGGGAUGGAUAUAGG